CAAUUAUAUAAAUAUUCAAAUUUAAAAAUGGAAUUGUUAAAUGAAGCAGCAACAGUAAUCCAAAAAACAUUCAGAGGAUUUCUAGCAAGACAAGCUGUAAAAUAAAUAAGAAGAUUAAAUUAUUUUUCAUCUUUAGGUAUAAUGUAGUAUAUAAGAAAUAGAUCAUAAUAAUGAAUAUGGGUUUUGCUAUAAACCAUAGAAAUCUAAGAAAUCAACUCGAAAUACACAAUCAUCAAUUCAACCAACAAAGAGAAUGAUAAGAAGUAGUAUUUACAUAUAGAAAUGUUAUCGAGGAUACUUGAGUAGAAAAUAUGUUUGCAAUUUUUACAGAUUGAAAUAGAUAGUAUUAUUUUUGGAAGGACAUGUACAUAAAUAUUUGAGGAAAGUAAGAUGUAUGUGAUAUUAGAGGAUUUAAUAAAGGAAAACUAAUAUAAAGUAAUUGAUGGCAUAAUGUUACAAUUUUUAGACAUAAUGUAAAUCAAUAGCAAAAGGGAGAUACAAUUAUAGCAAAUAUAUGAAUCAGAAAUAAUUUGAUGAGAUAAAUGGAAUAAUAUUUACAUCUUUUUUGAAUUUGAUGAUACCUAAUUUUGAGAAGUUGAAUUCUGAAUAAAAAUCACAUUAUGUAGAUUAAAUAUUAGGGGUGAUGUAAUCGAAUCCUGGAAGUAAAAUGAUGGGAAGUUAAUUAAGUUCUAAGACUCCUUUGAAGUAGAGACAUAUUAUAUAGAAUGUAAGUGUAUUGUCAUGUGAAGUAAUGACGAGUAAUGGUAGUUGUAUUUCUAGUAAUAAAUCGAAAUCGAAUUUGACAAAUGAUGAGUUUAAAUCAAUUUUAUAAAGAUAGAAUAAAAAAGGUUAAUGA